AUGCCCCUGCCCUCAUGCCCUCAGUUUCGCCCCUGGGACACCUUCAAUUGGCGCCACAUCACACGCCCUGCAGCCGUGCUGGCCAUCCACCACCUCGCCGUUGCAUGCACACGCCACGGAGGAUCGAUCGAUGAUGAGGACGCGGACACCAACCCGCCUUGCCACACAGACAAAAACAGCCACAAUAUUCGUGCCACGCCGAUGCACAAGACCUGCCCUGGCAUGACGCCGAGGUUGGCGAGCACCUGCUGUAUCACGAACCCACCACAUCUUGAGUGCCUCACCCUCGCAGAUGUUCAUCACGACACCCCACCAAAACCCGGACCCCUACCCGUGAAAAACCCGUACCCUUGGGUGCAGGCCUUGUCUCCUCAGUUGAUCAUCCUUCGAGUAGCUAUGGGCCACGCAGUAACUCCGGAGAGCCUGAGGGGCCCUCUUCCUGAAACAUUAAGCCUCGCUCAAGUUGCGACAACCCAAAUUCAACCCACUCUCAUGGUCAUGAAAGCCUAA